AUGGGGCUAGAUAUCAAGGGCAGUAGUUCUAGUCGUCAGGGUUCACAACUGGUUGCUUUAUUAUGUCCCUCGCUGCAGAUGGAAGAGGAUCCCGACAUUGUGAACCGCAACACCGAGCUGGAUGACAUCCUCAGACAAAUAUCAGAGCUGGACAAAUGGAGAAACAUCUUCAACUCGCGUGGGUUGGAAUUACAAGAUUGUAUCAUUAAAAGGCCUCUGGAGAGGACUAAGCUUGAGGAGGAAAGCGAGGAUGGCACAGGCAGGCCACCAUCCACGGCACAGCCGCCUCGUGGAAACGCCAACCUAUUGACAGUGCCCUACUCUAUCCCCCUGGCCCUGACUGUCUCUCCUAGCCUAGGAGGGCUCCCUAUCACAGCCGAGUUAGCUGGGAACCUAAGGAAGAUUUUGUUCGGCAAUACUUUUUACGUCUUCAACUAUGAGUGGAAGAAGUCCUUCUUCAAAUUCAGGGAGCCCUACUCCAACCUGUCCUAUGCCCUGGAGGCAGAAAGAGGAGGAUCCCGUGCCAUUCAAAUGGUGGUCCAAGCGAACAUUAUCAAAUACUUGCUCUUCACCCGCCAGACCAACUCAGACUGUUGCAGACUGCAAAGUCUGAGUGAGGUGGGUGAAAAGGAGCAGGAGAGGGCUCUGGUCGUCGCUCUGACUGACAUUCUGUGGGCAGCUGGUGAGGAAAGGAGCGCCACCAUCUCCUUAGUGACAUCAGACUACUGUUUCACCCCCCACCUGGACUACAAACUGGACAACUUCACUGAGAGAUUACAGCUUUUUAGUUUCAACAAGAAAGAGGAUGUCAAGAAAUUUGUCUAUGAGCACAUCCAGUGUUUUGAAGAUGAGGGGAGUCAUGGAGUCAUCUUGUUUCUCUACAGCUUAAUCCUUUCAAGGACCAUCACCAGGUUGAGGGAGGAUCUUGACUGUACCACCUCUCACUUGCUCCAUUUGAGCCUUGGCAACUUUGUGUGUCGUCAGGCACUGAUGAAUCUGCUGCUAACUGGCCGAGCCAGUCCCAAUGUAUUCAAUGGAACUCUGCAGUGUGGUGACGACGGCAGCCCUCUGGAGAAGCCCCUACACGGGGUCCUGGCUCGCAGCGCCGUAGGCUACCUGCACUGGAGCCGCGAGCUGAUGGAACGUACAAAGCUGCCCAUGGUUGGAAGCAUGCUGAAAACACCAAGGUUGCCAAUUUGGGUGUGCAGUAUCAAUGGCACCUACAGCGUCCUCUUCAGUCCCAACCGCUCCCUGCUCUCUGACUGGAAGAUGGAGCACCUGUUCCACAUGUACUUCUACAAUGGCCAGCCAUCGCAACAAAGCACAGCCCUGCUGACCAUCGACACUCACUCCCACCACUGGGAGGUAGGGAUCAAGGACACCCAGGGAGACCCAGAGAAGAGGUUUCCCUCUGUAGAGAUGGCCGUUAGGACCAAAUGGGAGGGAGCUGCCAUCGACUGGAACGGAACCAUGCCUUUUUUCUGACCAGGGAAGAUACUUGAUGAUCGUAAUGUUCUGGAUUCCUAAUCAUUUUUUUAAUGCAUUCGUUUGUCUGGUUUGAAGGCGUCCUUAUGCUACCAACCCAUUCAAGAAAGCAACUAAAUGUUCAGUUCCAGCCGAAAACACAAAAAGUGUGUUUGCAACUUUUACAGCUUAGGCCGGGAUUCAAUCCUAUCAUGCUUUGCGGAAAUGCACCAUUUAAUGGCUAUAUUCCUGCGUUCACAGUAAACACUGCAUAUACAGUAUGUCAGCUCAAUCGGAAAUUACCUUUAAAUGGAGCGUUAUCGAUAAAACGCGAUCGGAUCCCGGUCAUAGAAAGAUAAGAGGUCAAUGUAAAGAAUUUCUUACUGUGUAAUAUUUGUCAGGCAUUCUAUUGUACUUUUUUACAAGAUGUUCUGUAAAAUAGAACUAUACUUUCAAUGUUGUUGACCAUCAUAGGUUUUUGCUGUGACAUGCACUGUCAACUGUGGGACCUUUUAUAGACGGUUGUGUGCCCUUCCAAAUCAUG